UCCUGUCUGACAAACUUUAUAAGGUGGAAACAAAUGAGAUGCAAACACUGUGCUACAGGCAGAUGAUUUUUCACCAUCUACCAAAAUGUGGAACAGACAUGUUUUUUAUCUUCUGCUUUUGCCAGCUUUUAUGAGUCAAACAAUAUAUGGACAAAGAAAGAAAGCAUCAAAGUCCAAUUUACUUGCAAGGAAAAAUGAUCUCCAGGAUUCCACUUGCUUCAUAGAUGUUGUCUUCAUUGUGGACAGCUCUGAAAGUUCUAAAAUUGUUCUCUUUGAUAAACAGAAAGAUUUUGUGGAAAGCCUGAGUGACAAGGUUUUCCAAUUGACCCCAGCUCGCUCCUUGAAAUAUGACAUCAAACUGGCAGCCCUUCAGUUUAGCAGCUCUGUCCAAAUCGAUCCACCUUUCUCUUCUUGGAAGGAUCUGCAGACUUUUAAGCAGAAGGUCAAGUCUAUGAACUUCAUUGGGCAAGGAACUUUCUCUUAUUAUGCUAUCUCCAAUGCCACUAGGCUACUUAAGAGAGAAGGGCGCAAAGAUGGUGUAAAAGUAGCUUUGCUGAUGACUGAUGGCAUUGACCAUCCAAAGAAUCCAGAUGUUCAAAGUAUUUCUGAAGGAGCCAGAGCUUCAGGAAUAUUAUUUAUCACCAUUGGACUUUCUACGGUAGUUAAUGAAGCCAAACUUCGUUUGAUAUCUGGGGAUGCAUCCAGUGAACCCAUUCUUCUGUUGAGUGAUCCAAACCUUGAAGAUAAAAUUCAGGAUCGCCUGGAGAUCUUGUUUGAAAAGAAGUGUGAACGCAAAAUCUGUGAAUGUGAGAAGGGGGAUCGAGGCGAUCCAGGGCUUCCGGGUACCCAUGGGAACCCAGGUAUCAAAGGUGAGCGAGGACCAAAAGGCAACCCGGGUGAUGCUCAGAAAGGGGAACCUGGAGAAAGAGGCCCAGGGGGAAUUCCUGGGUACAAGGGUGAGAAGGGUGCAUCCGGAGAAUGCGGUAAACCAGGAAUAAAAGGUGACAAAGGAUCCCCAGGGCCAUAUGGACCAAAAGGACCCAGAGGACUUCAGGGCAUCAGUGGACCUCCAGGGGAUCCAGGCCCGAAGGGAUUUCAAGGCAAUAAGGGUGAGCCAGGUCCUCCUGGUCCUUACGGUCCUCCGGGAGUUCCUGGUAUUGGACAGCAAGGUAUUAAGGGGGAGAGAGGCCAGGAAGGAAGAACAGGGGCUCCGGGACCAAUUGGUGUUGGUGAGCCAGGCCAGCCAGGUCCCCGAGGUCCCGAGGGAGCACCAGGAGAGAGGGGCUUACCGGGAGAAGGGUUCCCAGGACCAAAGGGUGAUAAAGGUUCUGAAGGACCAAUUGGCCCACAAGGACUACAAGGCCUAUCAAUCAAAGGGGACAAGGGGGAUUUGGGACCUGUGGGACCCCAAGGACCGAUGGGCAUCCCUGGAAUUGGAAGUCAAGGGGAACAGGGAAUCCAAGGUCCUAUUGGUCCCCCUGGUCCUCAAGGACCCCCAGGACAGGGCUCACCUGGUUCCAAGGGAGAAGUAGGCCAGAUAGGACCUACAGGCCCUAGAGGACCGGUGGGGAUUGGAGUACAAGGUCCAAAGGGGGCACCAGGCUCAACAGGGCUCCCAGGACAGCCAGGAGUACCAGGAGAAGAUGGAGCUGCAGGGAAGAAGGGAGAAGCAGGGCUUCCAGGAGCAAGAGGCCCAGAAGGACCACCUGGAAAAGGACAGCCUGGCCCUAAGGGUGACGAAGGAAAGAAAGGGAGCAAAGGAAAUCAAGGGCAGAGGGGAUUUCCAGGGGCCGAAGGGCCAAAGGGUGAUCCGGGUGUUAUGGGUCCUUUUGGGAUUCCUGGAGCAUCAAUUCCUGGACCACCUGGGCCUAAGGGUGAUAGAGGAGGACCUGGGAUGCCUGGAUUUAAAGGAGAACCUGGCAUUGCUAUUCGAGGACCAAAGGGUGCCCAAGGCCCUCGAGGACCAGUGGGUGCUCCAGGUCUCAAAGGCGAUGGCUAUCCUGGUGUGGCUGGACCGAGAGGAUUACCAGGACCCCCUGGGCCAAUGGGUUUACGUGGAGUGGGGGACACUGGAGCAAAGGGAGAGCCUGGCGUCAGAGGACCUCCAGGCCCCUCUGGGCCUCGGGGCAUAGGAACCCAAGGGCCCAAGGGUGAUAUGGGGCAGAAAGGCUUGCCUGGCAUCCCCGGCCCCCCUGGCUAUGGGUUACAAGGAAUUAAAGGGGAGCAAGGACCUCAAGGCUUUCCAGGACCAAAGGGCAUGACAGGCCAUGGCUUCCCUGGCCAGAAGGGAGAGCAUGGAGAACGGGGUGAUGUGGGGAAAAAAGGCAACAAAGGGGAAAUUGGAGAGCCCGGAUUGCCAGGAAGACAGGGGUUACAAGGACCAAAAGGAGACCAAGGACUUACAAAAGAAGAAAUUAUCAAACUUAUUUUUGAAAUAUGUGGUUGUGGACCCAAAUGCAAAGAGACUCCACUAGAGCUGCUGUUCGUGAUCGACAGCUCAGAAAGUGUGGGGCCCCAAAACUUUCAGAUCAUCAAAAAUUUUGUGAAGACUCUGACUGACCAGGUUGCUCUGGAUGUUGCCACAACCCGCAUAGGGAUCAUCAACUACAGCCAUAAGGUGGAGGAGGUGGCUCUUCUGACGAAGUUCUCCAGCAAGGAUGACUUCAAGCUGGCUGUGGACAGCAUGCAGUACCUGGGGGAAGGCACCUACACGGCCACAGCUCUCCAUGCAGCCAACCACAUGUUUGAAGCUGCAAGGCCAGGCGUAAAGAAAGUGGCCUUGGUCAUCACAGAUGGGCAGACGGAUACUCGAGAUAAAAAGAAUCUGACAGAGGUGGUGAAGGACUCCAGGGAAGCCAAUGUGGAAAUAUUCGUGAUUGGGGUGGUGAAGAAAAAUGACCCCAACUUCAAAAUGUUCUACAAAGAAAUAAAUCUAAUUGCUACCGAUAGUGGGCACGUUUAUCAAUUUGAUGACUUCAUUACCCUGCAAGAUACCCUGAAGCAAAGACUAUUUAAAAAGCAUUGUGAAGAUUUUGAUUCCUACCUCACUCAAGUUUUGGGUUCAUUGCCGCUCCAACCUGAAUUUGGGAUGUCAGGGGAAGAACUCAGCGUUUCCACUCCAGAGCCUCAGAAAGAAAUGUCUGAGUCAGUCAGUACUCCCGGAGCCCAGGACAGAGAGAAUGAGCCUCCAGAGCCUACUUGGGCUGACAGCCUACCCACCACUCCUUCAUCCGAGGCUGCCACCAUCCAGGGGCCAUUGCUCAGCCCCUCUGAGGAUAGGACAGUGGACCCUAGGUGUUUGGAAGACCUAAAGCCUGGAAACUGUGGCGAAUAUGUGGUUCGAUGGUAUUACGACCAACAGGUCAACUCUUGUGCCCGCUUUUGGUUCAGUGGCUGUAAUGGCUCAGGAAACAGAUUCAACAGUGAAAAGGAAUGUCAAGAAAUCUGCAUUCAGGGCUGAGCAGGCCUGCGACCCUCACUCAAGGUCAGCGGCACAAAGAAGAACACUCAAGGAAGGAGGUGCUGGAGGAACAGCUGUCUUAGCAAAAAUAAUUUUGUGUAGCUUGAUUAAAUUUUUAUGAUGUAAUAUUUAAUCCUACAAAAGAAUACAUGCAAUAUACGUGUAACUAAAAAUGUGAUAAGAUGAACACCAGUGAACACUUCACACAGAGAAUGACCAAACAUAACCAAUUCUGUUGAAGCUUCCUGUGUACCCCUCAACCAUCCUAGCCCCCUAUUUCCUGCUGGGGAUAUUUCAUCUUGAAUUUUGUGUUUACCAUUUCACUUUGCUAUUGCUUUUUAUAUGUAAUUUUACAUGUAAAACCACAUAUAUCUCUAUGUAUCUCUAAACAAUACUUAGUCUUGUUUAUUUUAGAACUUUAUAAAAAUGGUGCUACACUCUAGUCUUUUGCAACUUGUUAUUUUCAUUCAAUAUUAUAAUUAAUCCACAUGUUCUUACCAUAUGUAUUCCUAAAAAUAUCUAAAUGUGUUCCCCAAAAUUUAUUAUUUAGGUUUUUUUAAUCUUUAGAAAAUUUGUUUUAUAA